AUGGCUCCCCAAUUUUCAAAGACUGACGAGACUGCCAUCAACACCAUCCGAACCUUGGCUAUUGAUGCUGUGGCCAAGGCUAACUCCGGCCACCCCGGUGCCCCCAUGGGUCUGGCUCCUGUUGCCCACGUUCUGUGGAACUACUACAUGAACUUCACCUCCUCCAACCCCGAGUGGAUCAACCGAGACCGAUUCAUUCUCUCCAACGGACACGCCUGCAUGCUGCACUACUCCCUGUUGCACCUGUUUGGCUACGACAUCACUAUCGAUGAUCUCAAGAACUUCCGACAGCUCAACUCCAAGACUCCCGGCCACCCCGAGGCUGAGACUCCCGGUAUCGAGGUCACCACCGGUCCCCUGGGUCAGGGUGUCUCCAACGCUGUUGGUUUCGCCAUUGCCCAGGCCCACCUUGGCGCCACCUACAACAAGCCUGGCUACGACAUCAUCAACAACUACACUUACUGCAUCUUCGGAGAUGGUUGCAUGAUGGAGGGUGUUGCCUCCGAGGCUAUGUCUCUUGCCGGACAUCUGCAGCUCGGUAACCUCAUCACCUUCUACGAUGAUAACCACAUUUCCAUUGACGGUGACACCAACGUGGCCUUCACCGAGGACGUCAGCCAGCGACUUGAGGCCUACGGAUGGGAGGUCAUCUGGGUCAAGGACGGUAACAACGAUCUGGCCGGCAUGGCUGCUGCCAUCGAGCAGGCCAAGAAGUCCAAGGACAAGCCCACUUGUAUCCGACUCACCACCAUCAUUGGUUACGGCUCUCUGCAGCAGGGUACCCACGGUGUUCACGGCUCUCCUCUCAAGCCUGAUGAUAUCAAGCAGUUCAAGGAGAAGGUUGGCUUCAACCCCGAGGAGACCUUUGCCGUCCCCAAGGAGACCACUGAUCUCUACGCCAAGACUAUUGACCGAGGCGCCAACGCCGAGAAGGAGUGGAACGAGCUCUUCGCCAAGUACGGUAAGGAGUAUCCCAAGGAGCACUCUGAGAUCAUCCGACGAUUCAAGCGAGAGCUGCCCGAGGGAUGGGAGAAGGCUCUGCCUACCUACACCCCCGCCGACAAUGCCGUUGCUUCUCGAAAGCUGUCCGAGAUUGUCCUCACCAAGAUCCACGAGGUCCUCCCCGAGCUUGUUGGUGGUUCCGCCGAUCUGACCGGCUCAAACCUGACCCGAUGGAAGGACGCUGUUGAUUUCCAGCCUCCUGUCACCCACCUUGGUGACUACUCCGGCCGAUAUAUCCGAUACGGUGUUCGAGAGCACGGCAUGGGCGCUAUCAUGAACGGUAUGAACGCUUACGGAGGUAUCAUCCCCUACGGAGGUACUUUCCUUAACUUCGUCUCCUACGCCGCUGGUGCCGUCCGACUGUCUGCCCUGUCUGGCCACCACGUUAUCUGGGUUGCUACCCAUGACUCCAUUGGUCUGGGUGAGGAUGGCCCUACCCAUCAGCCCAUUGAGACUGUCGCCUGGCUCCGAGCCACCCCCAACCUCUCUGUGUGGCGACCUGCCGACGGUAACGAGACCUCCGCUGCUUACUACAAGGCCAUCACCAACUACCACACUCCCUCUGUCCUGUCUCUGACCCGACAGAACCUGCCUCAGCUUGAGGGCUCUUCCAUCGAGAAGGCCUCCAAGGGUGGUUACCAGCUCAUCUCCGAGGACAAGGGUGACAUCUACCUUGUGUCCACUGGUUCUGAGGUUGCCAUCUGUGUUGCUGCCGCCAAGCUCCUCAAGGAGAAGAAGGGUAUCACUGCCGGUGUCAUCUCUCUGCCCGACUGGUUCACCUUCGAGCAGCAGUCUCUCGAGUACCGAAAGUCUGUUUUCCCCGAUGGCAUCCCCAUGCUUUCCGUCGAGGUCUACUCCGACUUUGGCUGGUCUCGAUACUCUCACCAGCAGUUUGGUCUGGACCGAUUCGGUGCUUCUGCUCCCUUCCAGCAGGUCUACGAUGCCUUUGAGUUCAAUGCCGAGGGUGUCGCCAAGCGAGCUGAGGCCACCAUUAACUACUACAAGGGCCAGACUGUCAAGUCUCCUAUUCAGCGAGCCUUCGACCCCAUUGACGUCAACACCCGACCCGGCCACGGUGUCUAA